AGGCCGGAGGCGGGGCGGACUGCGAGUGUGAGCCGUCGGAUCGGCCGUUCUCCCUCCGGGAAGCAGUCCUGACUCCGUGGCGUUUCCCUGCGCCUGUUGCGAGCAGUUGCCCGCACUAGAGCCGGCUCUGGGUCGGAGGGCCGAGGCGCUGCGCGGGAGUGAGGCUGGCCUCCUGCCCUGGCUGCGCGCCGCGGUGCCCUGCUCUGCUUUCCUUUGUCUCUCUUGCGUCCCCGGCUGGAGCGAGCUCGGUGCACAGGAGGGCCGCCUCAAGAUGGCUGAUGGCAACGAGGAUGCUCGGGCGGACGACCUGCCAGGCCCGGCUUUCGAGAGCUACGAGGCCAUGGAGCUGGCCUGCCCGGCCGAGCGCAGCGGCCACGUCGCCGUUAGUGACGGGCACCACAUGUUUGUCUGGGGCGGCUACAAGAGUAAUCAAGUGAGAGGAUUAUAUGACUUUUAUCUGCCCAGAGAAGAACUAUGGAUCUACAACAUGGAGACUGGAAGAUGGAAAAAACUCAACACUGAAGGUGAUGUUCCUCCUUCUAUGUCGGGAAGCUGUGCUGUGUGUGUAGACAGGGUGCUGUACUUGUUUGGAGGACACCAUUCAAGGGGCAAUACAAAUAAGUUCUACAUGCUGGAUUCAAGGUCUGCAGACAGAGUGUUACAGUGGGAAAGAAUUGAUUGCCAAGGAAUUCCUCCAUCGUCAAAGGACAAACUUGGUGUCUGGGUAUAUAAAAGCAAGCUAAUAUUUUUUGGAGGAUAUGGAUAUUUGCCUGAAGAUAAAGUAUUGGGAACUUUUGAAUUUGAUGAAACGUCUUUUUGGAAUUCAAGUCAUCCAAGAGGAUGGAAUGAUCAUGUACAUAUUUUAGACACUGACACAUUUACCUGGAGCCAGCCCAUAACUACUGGUAAAGCCCCUUCACCUCGUGCUGCUCAUGCUUGUGCAACUGUUGGAAACAAGGGCUUUGUGUUUGGUGGCAGAUACCGAGAUGUUAGAAUGAAUGAUCUUCACUAUCUUAAUCUGGAUACAUGGGAGUGGAGUGAAUUAAUUCCACAAGGCAUCUGUCCUGUUGGCCGAUCCUGGCAUUCAUUAACACCGGUCUCUUCAGAUCAUCUUUUUCUCUUUGGAGGAUUUACCACUGAAAAACAGCCGCUAAGUGAUGCCUGGACUUACUGCAUCAGUAAAAAUGAAUGGAUACAGUUUAAUCAUCCUUAUACUGAAAAACCAAGAUUAUGGCAUACAGCUUGCGCCAGUGAUGAAGGAGAAGUAAUUGUUUUUGGUGGGUGUGCAAAUAAUUUGCUGGUCCAUCACAGAGCUGCACACAGUAAUGAGAUACUUAUAUUUUCAGUUCAACCAAAAUCUCUUGUACGGUUAAGCUUAGAAGCAGUCAUUUGCUUUAAAGAAAUGUUAGCCACCUCCUGGAGCUGCCUUCCAAAACAUUUACUUCACAGUGUUAAUCAGAGGUUCGGUAGUAACAAUACUUCUGGAUCUUAAGGCUUUGUAGAUGGUACCUUGGAUCUACUUGCAUGGACAGCAAUCCUGUAAACGUCAGAGUGGCAUCAUUUGUAUAAUUAUGCACUGUUGUAGUUUGCAGCUUUUUGGGUUUCAUGUGCAUGUGAAUGGACUAGAGAACCUAUUUUUGUGUCCAAAGUUUACAAUAAAUGUAUUUAACACCA